AUGUCUCAGUUUAAGGACUUGUGUCGGAAGAAUGGGCUCAAUACCUUCACCAGAGAGGAGAAUAGUGACGACACAACGAUUCUGCGUUUUCUGCGCGCUCAGCGCUAUAACGUUAAUGCAUCAUUCGAUCAAUUCCAGCACUUUCAAACAUGGCGUAGAGAAAACAACAUUCGGAACUUCUAUAAGGACCUAGAUGUUGAUGUUUAUGAUGAAACCCGGAAGAUGUAUCCUCAAUGGAUUGGGCGGCGAGACCAUGAAGGGAGGCCCAUUUACGUUUUCCAGGUUAGGAAACUUACCAAGAAAAACCUAGAGGGCUACUUGAAGUUUCUGUCGAAAGCAUCAGAUUCAACUUCUCAUGACGAUUCUGAGGUACCCAUCCAUGUACUACACCUUCACGCGUUGUAUGAGAAUCUCUUGCAAUUCGUUUUCCCGCUCGUUUCAGAGCUGCCUCAGCCGGAUUUCAAACACCCUAUCUCAUCGUCCACACAUAUUGUCGACAUCAGCAACGUGAGCGUAUUUCAGUUUUGGAGUAUCCGUAAGUAUCUCCAGGAGGCUAGCCGAAUUGCUACAGCUCAUUACCCUGAGACUCUCGGAAAGGUUUUUGUCGUAGGGGCGCCUGCCUUCUUCAAGUCGGUGUGGGAAGCGAUAAGCCAGUGGUUUGACCCCGAAACAAGAUCCAAGAUCUUCGUUCUCUCCCCGGUCGAGUCUAAAUCGUUCCUCCUCUCCCAUAUCGCAGCUUCGGAUUUACCGAAAGAAUACGGCGGGGAGCUUGAAUGGAAGUGGCAAGACCAGCCCAAUCUCGACCAAUCUACGCGCCGUCUGGUAGACGAAGUUUACCAGAAAACCGGCAGAGGAGAGGUUUUCUCCAAAGGCCCAUUAAUCUUCCAAGAUGGCUGUAUUCAACUUGUCGGUUCAUUCCACGGUUUGCCGCGGCGCAAUGCAUUCUGUCGCCCCGUAACACCACCGAAUUGA